UGGAAAUUCUCAUAAGUUCUUACACUUUAUUUGACACUAUAUGAAUUUUGAGGAAACUUUGAGUUUAAAGCAUUCAUAUUUUUGGAGUUUUAAUUUUAACUACCUGCUUAGAUUUAGAUAGUCUCAGAGAGCUUUAGAGGUUGGAAAAGGUAAUAUCUCUAAAAUCUUACUUGAUAAAGUAACUUAAAAAUCAGGUUUGAAUUACGGAUAUCAAAAACCAUUUUAAAUCUAAUUUAAUUGACAAAACCAAAACCUUAUCGACCAGAAUAGACAUCGCUUGGAUAAAAAAACUAUCUUCACUUACGCAUUUUGAAGAAAAAGUACUAUUUUAUACUAUAGAAAUUGAGAAAUUCACUAAAAAAAACAGUUUUCGUGGACACGAGGUUUUAUGAGACUUUUUACACAAUGUUUGAAAGAACACCAAAAGGAUCCAUCAUAACUUCACAGAAGAUAUUCAUGAAAAUACACACUGAGCUAUAGGUAGAAAUAACUUUUUGGUUAAAUACAUUAUUAAUAUUCUAUUUGGCAUCCCUAUACCAUAAUAGCAUCAAAAUUCACAUCCCCCCAUAUAAACACCAAAUGAAUCAUUCAGAGAGGUAUAAAUCACUCUUUAUCUGAAGUUAAAAUGAACACGGUCGCUAAGCAACACACAAUACACAACCCCACACCCACAAAAUAUACCAAAUACACAUUUCCUGUGUUCAUUCUUAACGGGCGCCCAACAUUACUUCCAUACUUUUAAGGGUUGAUGCCUGGAAAUCCACACACACACACACAUACACACGUACAUAAAUACAUUCACUUCAUUGGAAUUUACUCAAUGAAUGGAAUCACCACGACAACAUGACCGAAAAGUAGCGGUCUAGCUGCGCGAAUAAAAAGAAAUAAAUAAAUUCCGCCACUAUCAUUUUCCACAAACGACAUUUUAAUAGUAACUCUCCCACACACAGACACCCACAAACACACUCACGAUGAAAACAAGUGUAUCCGAAAGAGAUUCUUUUCUGGGAUGCCGAUAGCACCACACCACAUCACCAUACCGCUCACCUCAACGCAUCCUCAUAACGCGCGCCGAUCUGAAAACAAACCAUCAUAACAUUCCAUUUCCAUCGACUACGUCUGGUUCAGUCAGUUCAGGCGUAGUAUCCGUAAGAUACAUUUCAAACUGUUCGAGAGAUUCAAUUUCGUACGUACUGAAAAAAAGCGCACAAUCAACACACAUCAUAACACAGCGAAAUUGCAGCAAAUUGUAUGUACAAUGUACAUUCCACGAGAGAAGGGUGCAAAUUUGUCGUCGUCGUACUCUCGUGAGUCGUGAUAUUCCUCUAGGACGCUUUUACACACCGUACACCGAACUUCGGAUUUGAAAUUCUGCAUGUGAACGUGAAGCACAGCCAGCAGCAAGCCGCUACUGAACGCUAUUCCUCGGGCGAGUGUUGUCGCAGAAGGUUCGUCGCCAUCGCCAUCGCCAGACAGUGAUAUCUAUCUAUGUUCAAACCGAGUUCUUAAAGAUACAAUAUUAGUGUUGGGUGCUCUUUAAAUAAAAAUUCUAAAUCAUAUAAAAAUUAAUAAGUUAUUAAAAAGAAAUUCUAAAGUGCAACGCAUUAAAGCUUCCUUUCUCCCAACCAUCCCCCCGCCCUACAGCUCGGUCCGUUUUUGAGUUCUUAAAUUUGGGGGUUGGAAAAAAUAGGAAAAAAAAACAGGAAAACCAAAUUGAAAGACGAAGUAGAGUUUUUGCACCAAAUUUUCGGUAAACUUCGUCGCAGGAAUCCUAUCUACUCCUGUGUGUGUGUGUAUUAUUGUGUCUGUGUUUUAUUUUUAUUUUCUUAUUUAUGUAGCGUAUCCAAACCCCGAGCGUUUCUGUCUUUUUGAUAUGAUUACAAUGAAUGUGAUGAAAAAUUGUGUCGUGUCGUCGUCGAGAGCUUGAUGUGACAUAAAAAUAUGAAUGUGACAAAGAAAAAACCAUUAAGAAUUUAAAUUAAAAUAAAUUUACUACAACAACCACCAAGGUGUUCAAUUUUGUUUAAGAAAAUAAACAAAAAAAAAACUAAAUCAAUCUUUAAUAAUCAUGGAUAGCUCUCCCGAUCUUUCUUUAAAGCUCCGCCGCGGCUCGAGUGAUUCACGGGAUUCAUUUUAUAUGGAUUUUGCUCAAGGAAUUGACUCUGAUAUUGAGGAAGUGGAUACGACCGUAAUUGCACGGCCACCGGCACCUCCACCUCCACCCCCUCAAACCCUACCCACUACGACUCCUUCUCAGCCACCGCCUCCACCAGCCAUGGAAAUACCAAUUGCGUCUAGUACUCAAGUAACGAUUUCAAAUUUUUCGGGGUCUUCACAUCCCUUACCCACACUUCCCGAAGUCCCGUCGCCACACUAUAGAACUGGACCGUCCGAUGUGGACCUGCAAACUGACACCGAGGGCGAUGACGAGGACGAGGAUGAUGACGACGAUAGGGAUCGAGCAGUGAUGCCACCACCAUUGCCACCACUUCCUCCCAAUAUGCACUAUGUCCUCGAUUCGGAGGAGACUACGCCUUCUUCGUCAUCUCCCUCACCACCACCAACUCCACCGCCAUGUGCACCACUAUCUAUAGUUCCUCCACCACCACCUCCAUUGCCUCCGCUGCCAAUGUCGCCUGCAGGUUCGCCUCCGCCUCCAAUGUCACUAAUGGGACAUCAGGAGCAGCCACAUCCGCCAGAUGGCAGAAGCAGCAGCAGCAGCAGUGGCAACGGUCCAACAACAACAGCAGUAACAACAACACCACCACCAGCAUUCAAUGAUGUCGAAGAUCCCAAAGUGGAAGCCCCCGAAUUAGAUGAAACAGACGCUGACGAAGAAGAAGAAGCGGAAGCAGACGAUGAAGCCGAUGAAGUAGACGACGACGAUGAUGUUAACGAAGACGACGUUGAUGAUUUGGAGCAACAGAGUGGCGCUGCUGGUGCUGCUGCCAUGAAUGGAAUACAGGAGUAUCCUCUGCAAGCAGAUGAAACACAAAGCAUUGACGGAGGAAACAAUGAUGAUUCGUCUACGACAAUUACCACACCAGCGAGUAAUGGAUUCUCGACUUCGUUACCCCUCACUCCGGCCGCUAGCAGUAACAUGACCGUGGCUACGGACUUAACAGGAAUUGAAUCGGAACCAGUAAUUAUUGUGCCAACACACCAGCACCCGCAAUCGCAAACGCACCCUCACCCGCACCGAACCAUGCCAAUACCAGUUCCAGGACCGACUGUUCCAAAAUCAGCUACUCCGCACAUCAUUCAGCCCAAGUCGUUAUCACUUCGGGAAAGCUCAGUGACAGAUAUGCCGUCACCCAUUGCAACAACGAUAACAGCUCCAGCUUCAGCAACACACAUCAACUUCUACGAUGAACACAUAAAAUCACCUCCUAGCAAUCAUUUGCAUCACCAUCAUCAACACCAUCAUCACCAGCAUCAUCAGCAUCAUCAACACCAUCAUCAGACUCAACAACAUUAUUACCAUCUGCAGCAUUCACCGUUCAUGGAUCGUAGUCCAAUCCCGCCGACAGCACCACAACCGCCAUCUCCAAUGUCUUCCGCUAACCUCUUUCUAUCCUCGGAGACUGGCAGUCAUAAUUCGUCACCAGCUAAGUCAUCGUCACGCCUCCAAUCGACUUCUCAUUCCCAUCAUCGAGUGACAAUCGAUGAUUCUAAUUUACCGCUCUCAGCCUCAUCGACUCAUCAUCAGCUGUUGGCCAUAACAUCUAAGGAUCCGCCAUCGGGCGGAUCUUCACAAAAUCAAUUGGCCAAUAUUGGUGAUCGACAGACAGGACACUUGGCACUGAUGUAUCAUCACCACCAGUUAACAAGUUUUCCAGUCCUGCCAGCGAUUAAACGACCGCCACGUCGAUUAAGUUACGCCGAGCAUCGGUAUCCACCAAUUAAAGCCGGGGAUGCACUUGCAACACUUUUCUCAGCGCUUUACGGUAAACUUUUGGUAGUGAUGGGAAUUGCUUUUCCAAUGGCUGAAGUCAUUUCGACAUACAUCCCGCCAUCAUUCUAUGAGGUGUACUAUCUGUAUCUGUAUAUUGGCAGUAUGCUGUUUCUGUUCUUCAUGUACGCCACAUUGCUUUGGGGUCGACCGAAAAUUCCAUUAAGCAUAGGAUCUCCAUCUAAAUCUUCAUCCUCGAAGAAACGCAACUCAACUAGUGCCUCAUCGGAGAGCAUGGAUGAAUCGGAUACGGAAAGUAGCAACUCAACGGAUAGCAAGCCAAUUCCAAGUACAAUACCAUCAGCGCGUAGGCCAUCACUGUUGGCCCCAUUGGGACGUCAACAUCACUACGGAAGUUUCUACUUAAGAAUGGGUGCUGUUGCUUUUGGAAUUGGAAGUAUGAUCUAUUCAGGACUUGAAUUCGGACAGUAUUUCGAAUUGGAGCGCGAUACUAAAUGUCAUAAUGUUAUGCUGGCUUUAACACCUGCUACCCGAAUGGCUUUCAUCUUCAUUCAAAUGUACUUUAUCUUUUUGAACAAUGAGCAAAUAAAGGUUUAUCGUUACAAGAUAAUAGCCCGAUUCGGUUUGAUGCACAUGAUUGGAACAAAUUUGGCUGUUUGGUUAAAUGUACUAAUUCAAGAAACGAAGCACGAAAUUUUGACAUUUUAUAAUCCAGAAAAUCGAACUCUAAGAAUAGCUCAUCGAUUAGGACAUCGAGCUCAACAUAAUAUAGACGCUAUGGCACAUGUUCGUGUACCUCGUGGUCUCAAGGGUCCGUAUCAGAUUUUCGAAUGCCGUCGUACGAAUAUUAUAGGAACAUUGGUACAAGACGCCUCACCAUUCCUUUUCCCUUGCACCAUUGAAUACUCCCUUAUAUGCGCGGCCAUAUUGUAUGUCAUGUGGCGUAGUAUAUCCCGACCACAAGCUCCUCCAAUCCAGCGUAUGGAGACGGUGAACUCACCCUGCAAACGAUCCCCUCAUCACUACUCAGUCGACUGUGCUCGAGCCCAUAAGGGACUCUUUGUGGGAAUUCUCAUCCUGGUUCUCACCAUAAUCUCGCUGAUACUCUUCUUCGUACUCAUAUCCCGACCGGAUUUUGUCAGUCUAGCAGUUACAGAAGUGACUAUCUGUGAGCUUCUCAUCUACGGGACAGCAACAAUCGCGACUCUAGUCGGAAUGAUCCAGAUUAGGCACUUGCAGUACGACGCAGCUCGAAGUUUCCAGUUGGAUGACAUCUUGUUGGUGGGGGCACAGACCGGAUCUUUUCUUUAUAACAUCUUCACCGUUAUUGCGGGACAUUUCACCCUACGUCGUGAUACAAUCCUCGUGUUGAUUAACGCCUUAGCGUCAAUCGUGCAGACUGCUUGCCAAACGAUGUUCAUUUUGGACGCAAGUCGUCGUCAGGCUGUCAGCCCCGAACACAUUCGAAAGAAACCCGGCCGUGAAAUCGUAACCUUUAUGCUUGUGGUAAAUUUGGCAAUGUGGGCCAUAAGUACGCUGGAAAAAUCACGAGCUGAAUCCCACCCUAUUCAAUUGAAUUUCUACGGUCUCUGGGCAUGGACGAUAAUAACACACGUUUCGAUGCCUUUGGCGAUCUUCUAUCGCUUCCACAGCACUGUAUGUCUGUGCGAGAUCUGGAAGAGGGCGUACAAACUAAAACCUACUUACAUGUGAGAAUGUGCCAGGGGGCGCUGUUAUUGUUACUCUGAUUUAGAUUAUCGUGAAGAUUUAGUUUCGUCGUCAAGGACGCGUAGCGAGCAAGCGGAUCGGUAUCCUGUUUUCGUUAUUUCGGAUGCCAAUUAAUUAAAUACAAUUAAGGAAUGUUAGGUUCUAUGUUUUUGAGAUUUUAAACACUUUAUAAUAUAUAUAAAGAUCUUUAGUUAGUAUUAAGUUAUUACUAUUAUUACUUAUAUGGAUUUGAGAUUUAUUUAAAUUUAGUAUUAUAUUAUUAAAAACAAAAUCCAGUCCCCCUAUGACAAAAAAAAAUUAUUAUUCAAGAAUUGUAAUGACCAAUUUUUAGAUCAAACAGAACAAUAUACAGUAAAUAAAAUAGACAUUUUUUAGAACUUUAAAACA